UCCUCCUCAAUUUCUGUCACUUGCUAUAAAUUUGCUUGACUUAGCACAUAACUGCCAACCUGCAUUCACUCUUUUUUACUCAUCAAACAUUAUAUACCUUGCCAAAAGUGAUCAUCAAACUGUAUUAAGAAAAUGGAUUCAUCAAGAGAUGAAAGCACACAUGGAUUGCAAAUGAGUAGAAUUCUUUCUCGAGAAUCAUCGGUAGGACAGUCUUCAAGAAUAUAUUAUUACAGAAGAAGAGGAGAAGGGGUUCCAUUUGAAUGGGAAAGGCAGCCUGGAACUCCUAAAAAUCUACCAAAAGAAGAUGUCAAUAUUCCACCACUUAGCCCUCCACCUUCAUUUCAAAACCUUCGGUUGCCUAAACCUUGUUUUAAUGAUGAUGUUGACCCUCAAGAAAUGAAACGUUUGAAGGUUUGGCUUACCAAGAAGAUCAAGAAACUGCAUCCAUUAAAAAGUACUUUUGGAAAAUCUCAUCCAAGAAGUGAUCAUGUUGGUGAGUCUGAUGGAGAAUUUGUUUCGAGUUCAUUCAAGAACUCGAGUUCGUCUUCAUCUUCAUCGUCAACAGAUUCAUUUGCCUCAAACAGCAAGGAGGAUCCAUAUUGUUGCAAUCUCACAUCAAUGGUUGGUAUUAUUAUUAUUGCAACAAGGUCCUAAUUUUAUUUUAUUUUGCAUUUUUGUGUUCAAAGAUUUAGCAUUCCUUUCUUUUUCAUUUUUUGAAUAUUUCCUUCCAAGUUUAGCUUUUAUAUAUUUACACAUUAGGAUAUUUUCUUAUAAUAUCAUGUCCUCUAACUAAUAAUAAUAUAAGGUAAUCUUCCAUAAAAGGUGGAUUUAGUAACUUAAAAAAUA